UCUGCAAUGUUCCUGGAGUGCAGGGGGUGGCACUGCAGAUGCUGGGGGGCAGCCCAGGGCAGCACGCUAUGCAGCAGAAGGCAUCACUGCAGCUCGACUCGGCUAACGCACCCAUUGCCUGCCUCUGUCCUCAGGACUGCACCGCGACCAUGUCCGAGCUGGAGAAGGCCAUGAUCGCCGUCAUCGAUGCCUUCCACCAGUACUCAGGGAAAGAGGGAGACAAGCACAAGCUGAAGAAAUCAGAGCUGAAGGAGCUCAUUAACAAUGAGUUGCCCCAUUUCCUUGGUGAGAUCAAAGACCAGGAGACUGUGGACAAAGUCAUGGAGGCGCUGGACAGCAAUGGGGAUGCAGAGUGUGACUUCCAGGAGUUUGUAGCCUUCAUCGCCAUGGUCACCGCUGCUUGCCAUGAGUUCUUUGAGCAUGAGUGAGCCAGUGGGGAGCAACUGAGCACCUCCCACUCAAGCUGGAGAGAUGCAGAGCAGUACCACGUCUCCUGGGAAAGAAAGACUGGGUAUGCUUAGGGGCUCCUUGGAGUUAAGCUUGUGCUAGUCUUAAGCAGCUUAUUAAGUCCUGCAGCUUUGUGAGUAGAAGCACCCAGGUGGCUCAGGAAAGCCUCUUGACCAGUGCCCGCCGGGUUGGAUGCAGUGUGCGCAAAUGCCUCAUCUCAAACUCAGUCCCUGGUGCCAUACACAAGGGACAAGCAUGGGGCUGGAGGCAGGUGGCCACUGCAAUCUGGGGUUGUUUGCAAAAGGAGAAGGAAAACUCAAGACCUGAGGUGGGGGGGGUAACGCAGAGGGGCUGGUUACAGAAGCUUGUCUCUGAGCCCACUGGCCUCCAUGGAAAGGCUCCUGGUGAUGCUGUGGGCUCUGACCACCUUGCACGUGGUACUAACCCAGUCCCAUCACGGGGGCUCAGCAGAGACCAUGCAGCUCUUGGCAACUUGAGACACUCCUAGUUUGAAAGGCAAAGCAUAACCAUGUAACAGACCAAGCUUUUCUCUCGCCCAUGAACCCUCCUGCUUUUAGCAGCCUGCAGAACUGGAAGUGAAAGCACACGAGGCUCCUGGGCUGGGGGCAGUUUCUGUGCCUGGGAUGCACCUUGGUAAGGUCUCCAGGCUCAGCCCAAGGAAAAGGGGAAUCCAUACAACAUUACCACCUGCAGCCUCCAGAGUGUGUGGAAACAACGAGAAUAAAAUGUUUUGGUAUCUAGGCCACAA